AUGUUCGUAAUGAUCGUCAAGCAGAGACAGGCCGAGCAUAGUUCUCUCUAUGGUUCGCAACUUGCUCACACGCGGCCAUCUGAUCGUGAACCAGGCAAAAUUGAUUACUACGUGGCUGGGGACGAGCAUUUGGACAUGUUGGGGGGCCCCGAAUGGGGGCAGCGGGAGUCCAGCCCCCCUAGAGACGCUCCCCUGCCGAGCUUCGGCUUCACACAGGAGCAAGUCGCGUGCGUUUGUGAGGUCCUCCAACAAGCUGGCAACAUCGAGCGGCUAGGCAGGUUCCUAUGGUCUCUGCCGGCGUGCGAGAGGCUACACGCACACGAAUCAGUCCUCAAAGCCAAGGCUAUGGUGGCCUUCCACAGGGGGAACUUCAAAGAACUGUACCGGUUGCUCGAGUCACAUACCUUUAGUCCUCACAAUCAUCCAAAACUACAAAGUUUAUGGUUAAAAGCACAUUAUAUGGAGGCGGAAAGGCUUCGCGGCAGGCCUUUAGGUGCCGUCGGGAAAUACAGAGUGCGACGCAAAUUCCCACUCCCUAGAACGAUUUGGGAUGGAGAGGAAACAUCUUAUUGUUUUAAAGAAAAAUCACGGUCUGUACUACGAGAUUGGUACUUACACAACCCAUAUCCGUCACCGCGGGAGAAGCGGGAGUUAGCUGAAACAACAGGACUCACUACAGUACAGGUCUCCAAUUGGUUCAAAAACAGACGGCAAAGAGAUAGGCAAGCGGAACAUAAAGACAGUGGGGGCACAGGCGAUAAACAACUGGACUCUUCAACAGACGACGACAGCGACGCCCCACCUCACGCGCCUCAACCGCAUGCGAUGCCCACACACGCCCCCCAACCCUUAUACCCUUUGUACGAACACCCUCUAGCCCAUCUACAGUACCAUCAUACGUGA